CCCAUAGUAUAGCACUCAGCUUUCAUCAUAAGCAAAGUUAACCAUUCCUUCCAUUAAAGUACCAAAAAAAGAAUGAAAAGUUAACCAACCUAUCACUUCUAUAAGAGGAAGGAAAAAAGAACAGGUUGUAGCUUAUAAACCCAUUCGCCAUGAGCCUCCACCAGCCUCAAAUAUUUGACAGUGGGCUGGAAUUGGCAAAUUGUGUGUUGAAUUCGGAUUUGCUACCUCUAUCAUGGACCUCUAUCUCGAGUCUAUACUCAGAAGUGAAGGCAAACUCACCGCAGCAAUCUCCACCGUCCCCGUCUCCAAGGUUUCGAAUUUACAAGCAAAAUGACAACUCAGCAGUGGUUGUUGCAUUUGUGACAUGGCCGGUUUACUCUUCAGAUCAUCUUCAACAAGGAGAUGGAGGGGCAGAGUUGGUCUCAUCAGCAGAUCUCAAGCAGCAGGACUUCCCUCACUUUGAAUUCCUCUGCUCCAAAGCCAACCCAUCUUUCUCCCUCCACCAUGCUGCAAUCACCUGCUUUGCCUCUCUUUUCGAUGACAUCCUUCCUCUCACGUCUGAGUUGCUUGUCACAAAAGGCAAUGAGAUAGCCCUGAAAUCGCCACUAAUAGUGACGGGACAUGCGCUAGGAGGCUCAAUCGCCUCCCUCUUCACGCUAUGGUUGCUGGACAGAAUGACCUCCAAGAAGCCGGCAAAGAGGCUCCCUCUCUGCAUAACCUUCGGGUCGCCGCUCGUCGGCGACAAAGGCCUCCAUCAGGCCGUCUCGCAGCGCUCCACGUGGCCCUCGUGCUUCCUCCACGUCGCUUCGAGCCGUGACCCUCUUCCCUCUGCCCUCCUAACAACAGCGAUCCAUUCUUCUUCUUCUUCUUCAUCGAUCAGUAAUUAUGAGCCAUUUGGGACGUUUCUGAUGUGUGAUGAGCAGAGUUGCGAUUGCGUUGGAGACCUUGAAAUCGUUUCCCGGUUGCUUUCCCACAAAGCGACGGAACAAUUGGGACCUCUCGACGUUGAUGAGUAUGGGAAAAUGGUGGAAUAUCUCAAGUCCAGAGUUAUUUGCCAAGGAAGCUCGAUACUUGGUCGUCCCAUGGCGGAUUCAAUGCAGGCUGGGAUUGCUUUACAGCUUCAAUCAAUCGGCAUUUCGCUAGAUCAGCAGAAGCAGAGCACAAUCAGCCUAGCUACAGAGCUGGAGAAGAAGCAGAAAUUCUCAUCUUUCCGCAAACGGAGCGCGCUGGAGCAGAGCAGGAAAUUACAAGAGAUCAAACUGAAGAUGGCGUACUUAGAAUGGUAUAAAAAGGACAGCAGAAACAAAGGAAAAGGGUACUACGACAGCUACAAAAUACAGAGCACCACAGCCGACAUAGAAAUCGCCAAGCACAAGAAAUUCCUGACCAAUUACUGGAAGGACCUCGUCGAAGAAGCCGAAAGCAAGUCCCAAAAGGAGAGCUUGUUCUUCCGAACCAUGUUCCUCUACGGCGGAACGAAUUACCGGCGAAUGGUUGAGCCCCUGGACAUCGCAGAGUUCUACCGAGACGGAAACAGAGACUACAAGAAACAGGGGAGGUCGCCGCAUUACAUCCUGCUGGAGAAAUGGCAGAAGGAUGACGCUGCGGGGAAGGGAAAGAUGAAGAAGAAGGAGAAGAAGUCAGUGGAUAUGAUGACUGAAGAUUCCUGCUUCUGGGCGGACGUCGAGGAGGCUCUGUUUGCCGUGAGAUUGCUGAAGCAGAAGGGUAGCGGUGGUGGUGGUGAGUCCAGUGAGGCGAAGAGCCGUUUGGUGGAGUUCCAGAGGUAUGUGAUGGAGCAGAUUGAGAACUAUGCGGUGGAUUCUGAGAUUUUCCUGGGGGAGAGCUCGUUCAUGGUUUGGUGGAAGGAGUUUCAGGAGGUUGUUGGGAUUGUUGGAAGUGGUAGUUCUUCGUUGGUUGAGUAUAUGAAGAGCGGCAGGUACCUUAGCUAUGGUUCUCCUUAGUGAUUCAUAUGCCCGUGUAUUGAAUUGUACCUGAUUCACCCCAAGUGAAGUGUGUGUAUAUAUGUAUUCUACUAUUCUUCAUUCAUACAGUUACUCAUUUUAUCUAGCAUCCCAAGUACACCACAGUCAGUUCGAUCACAAAUCUUUUUAGGGGAAACCUGAUGAGUACUUUUAUUAAAAAUCAAUCAAAGUGAGUCUCUUGGGCCACUACAUCAGCAACAACUAUGGGCAUUCAGACCUCCCAACAUCUCUCACAAUCAUCAUCAACAAGGAAAAUUUGCUAACAGAUGUGCUGCACAAAUUGCUUCUGUAGGUGUAAAAUUCCAGCUCCUCACCAUUGCCAUUUUGCCCAGUUCUUGAAUAUCCAAGCAGAUACUGCCAACUUCACUUCUACACUCCUCCUUCCUUUUGAUCUUUCCAAUUAAUCUUUUACAAUCAGAUUCAACAAUUAGCGGAUAGUAUCCUCUUUCGAUAGCCUUCUGAAUUUCAAAGAUCAUUGCCUUUCCUUCUGCAAUGUCAAGGUAAAAAUUCAUUGCUUUUAGGUAACGACCCAUCCAAACUUUACUUGCAAAUGCUCGGUCCAACCUUUCCUCAAUAAAUGCUAAUGGAUCUCUUCUUUAAUCCCAUGUAAAUGGGCAGCCCACAAAACCUAAGUCUACCAACCACAAUCCAUCAGAGCGUUGUUGAACCCGACAAAUUCUUGUUCCUUCUUGGGUCUACCUCCCUUCUCCCUCCAUGAAGUUGUCGCAAGAGAUUCCAUGUUUGUUCAUUAUCCUUGUUGUCUGCCCAACCAUAAAUACUCUGUGAAUCUCCACUUUCUUCUACUAUUCUCUUCCCCAAUAUUAGCAUCCAUAUAAUGUUGCGUUUUAUCUUUAAUCUUUAUCUUUAAUUCUUUCCUCCAAAGCAGGCACAACCCACCCUAUUUUCCUUCCCCAUGGACUCCUUCACCAUGAUCAAAACUCAGCUCCUUCCACAUGGAUCUCUUCUCCCACCCAUAUUUUGCAAGUUUCUUCUCCACAAGUAAGACAAUUUGGGGUUUAAGAAAUCUUACAACGGAUU